AUGCCGGGCGCGGAGUACGGGGAGCUCGGGGGAAGCCUGCCCGCCAUCGCCUCGCUCAACGCGUCGUACUCCACCACGUUAUCGCUGCCGUCCCCGUACCUGCCGCCGCCGCUCGCCCGGCGCAAACGAAUCUCGGACGUGCGCCGCACCUUCUGCCUUUUCGUCACCUUUGACCUGCUCUUCAUAUCGCUGCUGUGGAUCAUCGAGCUCAAUAUCUCCAGCUCCAUCUGGGACAGUUUGGAAAAGGAAGUCGUCCGCUACCAUUUUAAGUCAUCCUUCUUUGACAUCUUUCUCCUGGCGCUUUUCCGUUUUCUGUGCCUGCAAUUGGGCUACGCCGCCUUUCGGCUAAGGCACUGGUGGGUGAUCGCGGUCACCACCCUCGUGACCAGCGUUUUCCUCGUGGUGAAGGUCAUCAUUUCUAAUCUUCUCUCUCAGAAUGCAUUUGGCUAUGUGUUGCCCAUCACUUCCUUUGUGGUGGCCUGGCUGGAGACGUGGUUCCUGGACUUUAAGGUGCUCACGCAGGAGGCGGACGACGAGCGAGCUUACCUGGCGGCGGUGAACGCGGCCUGCGAGCGCGCCCCCUCCACGUAUCCUCGCGCCGUGUCCGACGGACAAUUCUAUUCGCCGCCCGAAUCCGUCGCAGGUUCCGAGGAAGACCUCGACGAGGAGGGCCUCGGCCGGCGCGCCGUCACCGCUCAGGAGAAGGAGCUGGUGCGACAAGGACGCGAGGCCAUGACCGUCGUGGAGCAGAUUCUCGCCCAGGAAGAGAACUGGAAAUUUGAAAAGAACAACGACGCGGGUGACUCAGUCUACACCCUGGAGAUUCCCUUCCACGGCAAGACAUUCAUCCUCAAGGCCUUGGUGCAGUGUCCUGCAGAGCUAGUGUACCAGGAGGUCAUCUUGCAGCCCGAGAAGAUGGUGCUGUGGAACAGAACCGUCUCCGCCUGCCAGAUCUUGCAGCGAGUGGACGACAACACGCUGGUGACGUACGACGUCUCGGCCGGGGCGGCCGGGGGAGUGGUGUCCCCACGGGACUUUGUCAAUGUCCGGCGGGUGGAGCGCAAACGAGACCGCUACCUGUCCGCCGGCAUGGCCGCCCAUCACGACGCCCAGGCGCCCGGCGGACGUUACGUCAGGGGAGAAAACGGCCCGGGCGGAUUUGUGGUCCUCAAAUCCAGCGGCAACCCAUCCGUCUGCACCUUCAUCUGGAUCCUCAACACAGACCUAAAGGGUCGACUACCGCGCUACCUCAUCCACCAGAGUCUGGCCGCCACCAUGUUUGAGUUCAUGUCCCACCUGCGACAGCGCGUUGCCGAGCUGCGGCCCGUGGCGCUCGCCCACCGCCAACGCCACGCGCGCUAG